AAUGCUCACUUUUUUUCACUAUUUUUGCAAUUCACUCACUUUUUUCACUUUUUCUGUGUAAAAUCUUUUUAGUUUUUGAUUUACAAAUUUAUUUAUUUCUUUUUGUGAAAAUGAGAGAAAGGCAAUCCGCCGAAUGAUAGGGAUAUUAAAUAAAAAUUUUCAUGUGUUUUUCUCGCAAGGUUCAAAUUACGCGCCUCGAGCUUGCAGCAUUGAAACGAGCCAAUCAUAAUGUCCCUCGUGAACGCAAACGAUGCAGUUGGUGUAGUUUUCACAAUUCUUUCGUCGGACACGUGCUGUUUAUUUACUUUCUGUAGUUUGAAAUCAGUUAAUAAUUUCAUACAAGAGCGACAAAAAUGAAAAAUGAAUGAUAAAAAGUGCACUGUGAACAAUACGUGGUUCGAAAGAACCGAUAGCCACGGGUAUGUUAUUAAAAGGUGGUGCAGGCCAGAAACUAGUGGCGACAGUGCAAGCGAAAGUGUGGUUUGUACGAUUUGUUCUACAAGUAUCAGUUGUAAACAAAAAGGAUUUCAAGCUAUUACUCAACACGCUAGUACUCAGAAACAUUUUAGACAAUGCCAAAUUAAACUCAAUUCAACUCAACUGACUUUGGCAACAGACGAAAAUAAAACAAAUGAAACGGGAAACGUUGUGUCGUUAUCUUUCAUUAAUAACAAUGUUGAAAUGGGGAAAAAAGCUGAAUUAAUCUGGGCUAUGUUGAGCAUAGUGUGCAACAUUUCAGCAGCAUCUUCUGAUAUUAUUGCUCCAGCUUUUCACGUGAUGUUUCCUGGAGAAAUUUCAAGCAAUUAUACCAUGAGUAGGACCAAGUUAGGGUAUAUAAUCUCUGAAGCACUGGGUCCAUAUUUCCGAAAUAUGUUUUUAAAAGAUGCAGAAUCUUCAUAUUACACCGUUUUAUAUGACGAAACAGUCAAUAACAAAGGCUUGAAAGAAUUGCAGCUGAAAAUAAUUUAUUACUCUGAAGUUUAUAAAAAGGUUUCGGUGAGUCAUUUGGAGACUUUUUUUAUAACUAAGGCAACAGCUGAUAUAGUGAAAGAUCACAUCAAGGAAGCCAUUGAUAAUGCUGGCUUAACCUUCAAUCACUUGCUAAUGCUAGGUUCUGAUGGACCUAACGUAAAUAAAAAAAUAUUUAAUUUACUAAAUGAAGAACUUAAAGAAGUUAGAGAUAGAAAAGGUUUAAUUGAUCUAGGUACUUGCCCAAUUCACUGCAUACAUAACGCCUUUUUGAAAGGAAUGGAAACAUUUGGCGAGGAUGUUAAUGAUUUUAUCAUUCUCAUAUAUUAUUAUUUUAAAAAAUAUCCAGUGCGAUGGCAAGAGUAUUCAGAAGUACAGAUUUUAAACAAAAUACCACAACACCAUUUUAUUAAACAUUGCUCUACAAGAUGGUUAACAAUUUUAGAAGCAGCAGAGAGAAUUAUAGAACAGUGGUCUGCUAUUAAGUAUUAUUUUAAAACUUACCUACCAAAGAAUAAACGUGAUUGUGAAAAUAAUAAAUAUAAGAAAAUUAUGAAAUUAAUAAAUAAGCCAAAUUUCAAAGCUGAGAUUUUACAAACAAUACAGAGUGCUAAGCUUUUUGUAAAGUUCACAGGACAUUUUCAAACUGAAGCACCUUUAAUUCACAUUUUGCAUACAGAACUAAAAUCUCUAGUGAUUGCAAUAGCUAGUUUUGUUUGCAAAAAUAACAACUGGAACUGUUCUCUUCCGUCAAUGUUUAAUGAAGAUAAUUUACUAAAUAUUAAUGAUAUUGUAUUAGAUCCAAAAGUCCAGCAAAACGUCACAGGAAAUGAGAGAACUGUUCUUGAAUUUAAGAAAUCAGUUAGACAGCAUUACAUUACUGCAGCUGAGUAUUUGCUGAAUAAAAGUCCUUUAAUGAAUAAAAACCUGAAGUAUUUUAAAUCCAUUGAUCCCCAAGUAAUAAAAAAAAAAUACGCUUUGGAAUAUUUUUCUAAACUGUGUGAGACAUUAAAUAUUAUCAUCCCAGGUAACGCUGUAGACGAGUACAGGUUAUUAAAAUUUGAAACCUUACCAAUAUUAGAAAAGACUGAUAGAAUUGACAAUUACUGGAUAAAAUUUUUUGAAAAGGCGGAGAAGAAUGUCGAAAAAUACAAAAAUGUAAAAAGCAUUUUUCUAGCAGCAUGUUGCUUAAGUCAUGGGAAUGCUUCCGUGGAAAGGGGAUUUAGCCGUUCGAAACUAAUACUAACUGAAGAAAAAACCAAUAUGUCGGUAAGAACUUUAAAUGCGAGGCUAACUAUCGCAGAUGCUUUGAAGCAUUUCGACAAUAAACCAGAGACUGUUCCUAUAACAAACGAACUCCUCCUUCUAGCAGGUCAAGCUAGAAGACAUUAUCAAGAUUAUUUGGACGCGGAAAAACUGAAAGAAAAGGAGCGGAUCCAGCAAAAAGAAAAAGAAAAAGCCGAAAAAAGAUUAGCUGCUGAACAACAGGCGCUUGUAAAAGAAUCGAAAAAGACUUUACAAGAAAUAGAUGAAACGAUGGUACAGGAAAAAGAAAUUAAAACUCAAAAGGAAAAAUCUGCCGAUAAGUUGUUAGAAGAGGGUAAUGUUAGACUAAAAGCUGCGUUGGCGGCAAAUAACACCAUGGAAGCACGAAUUGCGCAGGCCCUUAUUGACGGAGCCUUGUCCUUAAGAGAAGAAGAACGAGAAAGUGAAAAAAAACUCUCAAUUUUAGAAAAAAGGAAAAGUACAAUUCCCGCUAUAACAACCUGUAAUCUGUGGCCGGAGACCUCAGUUAUGCUGCGUGCGAUGGAGUGCGCGGUGCGGUCACGAGCGUCGAUCGCGCGCCAAGCCAACUGCGAUCUGUUACACGGACGACGGUGGCUUUCUAUGAUGUGA